CCCAGAACAAACCAUACAUAAGUUCAUACAUACAUAUAGAUAUAUAUAUAUAUAUCACACAAAUGAGUCAGGUGCGAAUACAACGAUUACCAGAGAUACCACGGAGUAAAUCAGCUCGUUCCGACUAUACGCUACAAUUCCAAGAUGAUCGCGGGCGGGCCCAGACUCGGAAAUCGCACCAUGCAAGAUUACGCAUGAACGAUGCGUCCGCCAUACCACGCUCAGAAUCAACAAGACGACCACAAGUACGGAGGACCCACUCCGUCAACCAGAACCACGCUGUGCGGUCAAGCCGAUCAGUCUCUGAACACACGUUUAACAAGAACAUCCCCAUGGAAGAAGAGAGACGCAGCCGACCCCAGGUUAAGAAAUGGAACUCAUUUCAUGGGCCAGAUAGGGAGAUGAUGAUACCUAGAGAUAGUAGUGUGUUUUCUGUGAUUGAAGACAGAUAUGAUACGAGACAGUUGCCUCAUUACAGUUGGAACUCGAAUGUUCCUAAUUCCAGCACUGAUAAUUUAUUCAAAGCAUUAGAGGAACCUUCGCCAACGCUGGAGAUUGAGAUCCCGGAAGAAGCACCAAGAGGGACAAGUUUGUAUGAAAAGAUGAGUAAGCUAAUCAUUCGCGCGCAAAACAGUGUGGGCUCACUUGUUCCGUUAUCACUCAAGAAUCCACAAUCGGGUUCUGCAUCUGAUACUCGAUCAGAAUCAUCCGAUUCAAGCGACCUGGAAGAGGAAGUGGUCCGUGCUAAUAACACAGACACCCAGUAUACUAUCGAACUGUGGAAGUCUCCACCGGCACUCCAACCGGUAAACACUGACAGUUUGGCUCAGAUACUUGAUGAAAUUAACGAGUUUCAUGGCAAUUUCGUGGAUAAAAAUGUCAAUCACAGUGAUGUAAUCGGGUUGAACAGAACUCAACAGAGGAUACUUGAUUAUAAGCAAUUGUAUGAGUAUGAAGAAGUCAGCAAACCUGGAUUGUCUUCGUAUGAGUUGAAGAUCCAGAAUGAAACUAUAUUAUCACAGUAUACUUCGAUCAGACUCCGGUUUUCCUCGCACGAGAUCAUGUCAAGCAAGAAACAUAUGGUAAAGACGGAUACGGGAGUAUUGGGGUUUGUAAAUAGAGCAAAGAACUUUGGGUUGGGGCUGGAAAAUAAGAAUAAUGAAGUGACGCUAGAGAAUAAGGAUAUGUUUUUACAAAAGAUAUGGGAUGAUGAAUAUUACAAUUGUUUUGUCGACACAAAUCACGAAACCAUUGAAGAGAAAACUAACGAUGAUGUCAAGAGCAUUAGUUCCGAAGUGGGAAUCUACAACCAGGAUAAACUUGUGGAUAUGUCUAAUUUAGCCAAGUCGGUCAAAUUCGGACGUUCGUAAUGUUCAUUAAUAAAUAACUAUAGACACUAUUUUCCCGUUUCUUUUUGUUCGGGUAGUUUUGAUUUGUUUUUAUAAUGAGGUUGUUUCUCAUAUGCAUUCGCUUUUGCUUCCUUCUUCUUUUUCUUGCGUAAUUUCUUUAAAUGAUGGGCACAAAUCUCCAACUCUUCUUCAUCUCCUGACUUCUCUAUAUCGUCGUCGUUCUUGUUAUUGUCGUUGUUGUUGUGUUCAUCUCUCUUGGGAAACCCAUUAGGCAUUCCUGAGUCGGACUCAUCAGAAGAAUCACUGGAUGAAUCACUAGACGAAUCACUGGAGUCUUCACCAAACUCUCGAGUGGGGUGGAAUAUGCAGCAUAUUUUGGUUUUCUUUCUGUUUAGAUGUUCAUUGUCGACAACUUGCUGGUCCCAGGUGACUUGAGGUGGUUGGGCUCUAGUGUUUUCGGCGUGCAAGUGUAGUAUAGGACGGGCUAGUUCAGUUAGCGUUAUCGAGGAGGAACUCUCUGUGGGUACGGGUGCGUGUUGCAUUGCUUGUAUGUGUGUGUUUGUGUGGGUGCGUGUGUUUUAGUCUGUAUUUAUGGGUAUGUGCGUGUUAUAUAAUAGAAGUUACUGCUGAGUAAUGAAUAUAAAUUGAGUCACUUAAAUUUUGGCACUGAAUAAAUAGGCCAGUAAUCAUGAGACUUUAUUUUUUUGCCUGUUAGCAAACUCCGUAGAUUCAGUUUUAGGCAGAGCCGCAGAGACAUCAUAGUUGCAGCUAACAUAGUAUACCAAACUACACGAUGGGAAAGCCAUUACGGUAGUGAUGUAACAAGAUAACACUCAAAUAGCUAGGGAAGAUGGGCACCGUAUAUGAUUUUUAGUACGAAAUUUUGUUUGCGCUACUUAAACUACGACAGAUUUUUAGCAAAAAGUAUGCGAAAUAUCAAGCAAGUCUUGCAACAAUACAAAACCACCACCUAUGGAAUUCCCCAACUGUCUCUAACACCGCAUCUUCAAAUUCACUUUGUUUUAUGUCUGUAUAUGCCAAUUCCAACCACUUGGUCAACUACUAUAUAUCAAAAAUAGACAAGUCACGUGAACCAAACCUU